AUGAGAGACAGAAAUGCAAUGAAUCUCAAGAAAACCAUCAUGGUGUACAAUUUGGUACAGAUUAUGAUUAACGUUUAUAUAGUGAAGAAGUGCUUUUCGCUGAUGGGAAUGAGUUUAAUGAACUUAUGGAGCAAUUUAUGUAAUCCAGUAUCAGCUGUACACACCGGUCCAGAUAUACAAAAAGAGAUUUUCAUUACAGUGUUUUAUUAUUACUCAAACAAAAUGAUGGACCUCUUAGAUACAAUAUUUUACUCCCUAAGAAAGAAGAAAUCGCAAAUAACGUUCUUACACGUGAUCCAUCACGUGAUUGCACUCUGGUUGGCGUGGAUGAACGUAUUUUACAUAAAAGAGGAAUUAGUUAUCCGUUUUGUAGCCAUGAACACGACAGUACACGUCAUAAUGUAUAUUUAUUACUUCCUUGCUGGUAUAGCUGUUUCAACGGAGAAGUAUCUUUGGUGGAAGAAAUAUGUCACAACCAUUCAGAUUUUGCAGUUCAUUGCUGCCAUCUCUAUGCUCUGCAAGAUGAUGUCCGAUGGCUGCAAGCCCAAUGCGUUGUUCAUCGUAUCCUGGGGAUUUCCUGCAGUGUUCUUCUUAAUUCUGUUUCUUGAUUUUUACAGGCAAACUUAUUACAAAUGGAAUAAGUUGAAUUAA